CAGCCUCCCGACCCAUCAAACACAAAUAGGGUUAGCGAGAAUCGGCGGCGGCGGCGGCGGCGGCGAGAGCGGAGAGAGACAGGAGGGGGCAACCGCGGCGGCGGCGGCGGGGGGGCGCGGAGAUGACGGGGAAGGCGAAGCCGAAGAAGCACACGGCGAAGGAGAUCGCGGCGAAGAUCGACGCGGCGACGACGAACAGGGGCGGCGGGAAGGCCGGGCAGAAGGACCGGCUGGGGCAGGACAAGGGCGGCCACGCCAAGCUCGAGUGCCCUCUCUGCAAGACCACCGCCCCCGACAUCAAGUCCAUGCAGAUCCACCACGAGGCGCGCCACCCCAAGCUCCCCUUCGAGCCCGACAAGCUCAACAACCUCCACGGCGGCGGCGCCGGCGCCGCCGCCGCCGCCGGUGAGGCCGCCGCCUCCUCCUCCAAGCCCAAGCCCGGCGUCCGCGGCAGCCUCAAGAAGUAACCGCAAUCGAAUCCAUCAUCACCCGAAUCUGCUACUACUACCGCCCGCCGCCGCUCGCUCCGGUGUGCUUACUUGCUGCUGCUUGCUGUUUUGAAUUAUUACUACUGUGUCAUGAUGUGCCGUGUGAUAGAUGCGUUGAUUCGCGCACAUAUACAUAUGUGACCGUGUUCCGUCGCGUCUUCGUCGGCAUGUUUUAGCUAUGAUGUUUAGUUUAUGUGUCACUACUCUAUGAUGCUGUCAAUGGUGUCAAUGGAUGAUAAUGUUUAUGUCUGUCACUGCUCAAACAAUUGCUAAAUCUGAGUAAAGAAAAAGGUGAUGGCUAAAUCCGUUUGCUCACUCA